AAUUUGGGCACUCACUAACUCUUGACGAUUCUAUCAAUAUAAAUAAAGCCGAGGAAAGGAAAGCCUUCCAUUACCCUAAACAAAAAAGAACAUCAAUUAAGAAUCCGAUUAAAAUGUUUCCGGCGGCAACCAUGAUCGGCGGAGCGAUGAUGGCUAAGAAACAGAGAAAAGGAAGCAGUGCACUAAAAGGGAUGUGGGCAAAUAUGGGCUCCACCAUAGCCACCUUCAUGUUUCUGUGGCCGAUCAUCCGCCAAUAUUGUCCUUCUGUGCUUCGCCGCUACUUUGAAAAUUAUACACGAAGGCUUAUGGACUUCUUCAAUCCCUAUAUCCGGAUUUCCUUCCACGAGUUCAAACGAGAUAGCCUCAGGCGUAGCUCUGCCUAUGCAGCUGUGGAGGCAUACCUUAACGCCGCCACUUCCAAGAGCGCUAAGAGGCUCAAAGCUGAGACGACGGGGAAAGAUAGUAGCAGCCUGACGUUGAGUAUUGACGAGCAUGAGACGGUGACCGAUGAGUUUGAAGGAGUUAAUGUUUGGUGGGUGUCAAACAAAAUUGUGUCGCAAUCGAGGUCUCUGUCAUAUCAUCCUGCGCCGGAGAAAAGGCUCUACACGAUCACUUUUCAUCAGAAGCACCGUGAGAUGAUCACUGAGUCAUACUUGAAGCAUGUUGUAAGCAAGGGGAAGGAGAUUAGAGUGAGGAAUAGGCAGAGGAAGCUCUACACAAAUACUCCUGCUCAAAAGCUUUCCAGCAUGUGGAGUCAUAUGGUGUUUGAGCAUCAAGCCACCUUUGAAACGUUGGCGAUGGAGCCGGAGAAGAAGCGGGAGAUUGUUGAAGAUUUGUUGACUUUUAGCAAGAGUAAGGAUUUCUAUGCAAAAAUUGGGAAGGCGUGGAAGAGGGGUUACCUGCUUUAUGGGCCGCCGGGGACUGGGAAGUCGACCAUGAUUGCAGCAAUGGCUAAUUUGUUGAACUAUGAUGUCUAUGAUCUUGAGCUCUCAUCGGUGAAGGACAACACGGAGCUGAAGAGGCUUUUGAUCGAGACAACCAAUAAGUCCAUCAUCGUAAUUGAGGACAUUGAUUGCUCGAUUGAUCUUACUGGCCAGAGGAAGAAGAAAACAGAGAAAUCUGCAGAUGAUCAGAAUGAGAACUUGAGCAAGAAAAUUGCAAAGAAAGAAGCGAAGGAAGAGGGCAGCGGCAGUAAAGUCACUCUCUCAGGGCUGUUGAAUUUCAUUGAUGGGCUGUGGAGUGCUUGUGGGGGAGAGAGGCUGAUUGUUUUUACUACUAAUUAUGUGGAGAAGCUGGAUCCGGCACUCAUAAGAAGGGGUAGAAUGGACAAGCAUAUUGAGCUCUCCUUCUGCAGUUACGAGGGGUUUAAGGUGUUUGCAAAGAAUUACUUGGAUCUUGAUAUGCAUCCCAUGUUUGAUGCUGUUCAGAGUUUGAUGGGGGAGACCAAGAUCACCCCUGCUGAUGUUGCAGAGAACCUUAUGCCAAAGUCCCCAGUGGAGGAAGCAGAGAAAUGUCUAUCGAAUUUGAUACAGGCCCUAGAGGAAGCGAAGGAAGAAGCGGCGAAGAAGAAAGAUACAACCAUGAAAGAUGCUGUUCAGUAUCAAGUAGUGGACGGAGAAACUGAAAAACCAUCGUGAAUUAGAAAUCAGCAAUUUGGAAAUAAUUUUAUUGUAAAAUAAUUUUCGUGAAAAAACUAUUGUGAAUUAGAAAUGCACAA